AUGACAACCAUGAUUUCUCAUAAUCCAACCGAUGGUGGGACAUAUACAUUCGCUUCUAAGCCUCAAGCAGUACGGCAGCGGCAGAAGUAUAGAAAUCCUUAUCCCCAACAGGACGUCGAAGCAGCGAAAUUUGGAAAUUUAAUGCAUGAUCGGCGUGUCGUAAGAGGAAAUACAUACGCCUUGAGAAAUUUACCUGCGGAUGCACAGCCGAAUCCAAUAGAAAUUCAGAAGAAAGAAGAGUCUAGACGACGAGCAAUUGCUAAGAAGAGAGCCAAAGAACAAAUGAAACCUAAAACUCCAGAACCUGUUGAAGGACGUCAACAUAUCGAAAUUCAAACUGAAUUAUAUUUAGAGGAACUAUCAGAUCGGGUAGAAGAAGCCGAUAUCGAAGUGCAAACUGAUGCUUUUCUCGAUCGUCCACCGUCUCCUUUAUUUAUACCCGCUAAAUCUGGAACUGAUGUAGCUACUCAAAUACUAGAAGGGGAUUUGUUCGAUUUCGAUAUAGAAGUUAAACCAAUACUAGAAGUUUUGGUUGGCAAAACUGUCGAACAGGCACUACUGGAAGUGAUGGAGGAGGAAGAAUUGGCAAAUUUACGUACACAGCAGCGUAAGUUUGAAGAACUUCGUAAUGCUGAAUUGGUUGAAACUCAAAGACUGGAAGAGCAAGAGCGGCGCCAUAGAGAGGAAAAACAGAGGCGAAUUAAGCAACAAAGAGACGUCCUGGAAAAAGAGCAAGAAACUUCAGAAAAACUUGCUGCCAGAGCAUUUGCACAGAGCUAUAUUGCCGAUUUGGCACCAUCAGUUUUUGGGACUCUUCGGGAUAACGGUUACUUCUUUGAUCUCAUUGAAAGAUCGGUUGAAUCAUCAUUUAUCCCUCAUCUUAUGAGUUGCGUUGAUAAUAAUCUGUCCCAAGCAGUCAUUGCAAGACGAAUCCUUAAUGCUUUGAUACGUGAUGUGACAACAAAAAGGGCUGAACAAUUUAAGAAAACUGAAGAAGAAGAGGCUGUAGCAGCAGCAGUCGCAGCUGCUAUGGCAGCCUCAUCACAAACACAAACAGAUUUGCCUACUGUACAACUUGAAGUAACAACAGAUCAGCCAACCAUUGAAGAAGAUGGCACUAAUGAAAGAAUAAAUGAAGAAAAUGAAGAAACUGAUGACAUUAGAGCCGAUGUUAUCAAUGAAGAUGAUGAUCCGGAAGCAUCUCCAAGACCAGAAGAAGAAGAGGAAGGGAAUGACGAACAACAAUAA